AUAACUCUCACCACUCACUCUCACUACAACACCCCUUUUCAAACUUCAUUCUAUAUCUAUUCAGCAGCGCUUCUCAUUCAUGGACAAGCCACUCCUAAUAUAAAAAAUUCCCUCAUCGUCCUCUGCCAUCUCAUCUCAUCUCACUCCCAGGCGCAACGUCAACAUGCCUUCUGUGCGCACCGCCAACGCAGGCGACUCAACAGCUUCGAUGGGGCCUCUGGCUAGGUUCUGGAGAACGACUCAUGCGCCAGACUACAUCGGCUUCACAAUACUUCUCGCAGGAUGGAUCUUGAUUAUCCUCCUCGUCAAUCCCUUCCACCGCAUGUUCUUCAUCAACGACCUGCGCAUCUCAUACCCCCACGCCGAACAUGAGCGAGUCACCGUCCCUCUCAACUUCCUCUACGCCCUCUUCAUCCCUCUAGGCGUCCUCAUCGCCUACAACAUCGCCACCCGCGCCUCAACCCACAAACACGAAGCAACAUAUCUCUCCCUCGGCAUCUCCAUCGUCCUCUCCUCCUUCAUCACAGACAUUGUCAAAAACGCCGUCGGCCGCCCCCGCCCGGACCUCCUCGCCCGCUGCCAGCCCUCCGCCGACAUCAAACCCAACGUCCUCGUCACAAUCGCCGUCUGCACCGCCCCCGACGGCCACACCCUCCAGGACGGCUGGCGCUCCUUUCCCUCCGGCCACUCGUCCUUCUCCUUCGCCGGCCUCGGUUUCCUCAGCCUCUUCCUCGCCGGCCAGCUCCACAUCUUCAACUACUACUCUGGCGGCCGCGAUCUCAGCCGCGCCCUCAUCUGCCUGUCGCCCCUCAUCGGAGCCGCCCUGGUCGCCAUCUCGCGGUGCGAAGACUAUCGCCACGAUGUCUACGAUGUGUGCGUCGGGUCGGCGCUCGGCAUGACCGUUGCGUACUGGAGCUACAGGCGGCAUUUCCCCAAGCUGACGAGCCCCAACUGCGACGAGCCUCAUCCUCACCCGGCCGUCGAGGCUCAGCAGCAAGGGUGGCAGCGCGUGCGGGACGAAGAAGAGCAAGGUAGUGAAUUAGCCUUCCCACUAGGAACUCGACGAAGCUGAGACGGCUUGAGGCUAAUGCUGAGAUUUCAUAUUGCGCAAUGUAGUGUACUCAUAGCGGGAAGAGCUUGUCUUUUAUGUAAAUAGCUGCAACUCUGCCAUCUACCGUCGUGUCCCUCCAAGAGAAAAGGGGGCCAUCAAAAGUAUAUAGGAUUUCUUUUCUUUUCUUCUUGUUACUUUUUGGAUAAUGCGGCAUGCUUACAUCACAGGAAUCCCUGAAUAAGUCAAACUCAUCUUGGGACGUGUCGUAUUGUUACAAGG